AUGGAAGAUAAUGAAAUGCUUCGAUGUUUAUAUUCUGUGAAAAAUCAUAAUUCAACUACAAUAAUGUGGACUAUGAAUGCUGAUAUGAUUUCAUUAGCUGACAAAUUUAAUCUUUCAUUAAUGAUGGAAAUUGACAAAUCUUCAUCGAGUGAUGAUGUUGGAGAAUACGUCGAGCAUAAAAAAGUACCAGUUUUAGGACGUUGUGAGGGAAUGUUUCAUGAUCAAGAAGGUAAUUUAUAUGGCACAGUUUUACGCUAUGAUCGAGAUAAUGGACAUUUAGUACCAUGCCCAACAGAAAAUGAACAAAACCACCGAUUACAAAUUGAGUCAGUUUGGCCAUCGGUGUUACAUUUAUUAGCAAUUUAUAUUAAUGACAAUGAUCCUGGUAAUAUGGCAUUAUUUACAUCAUCGGCGAGCCGAAUUGGACCAGAUCGUUUUUUAACAACUUUACAUUCUAUCGUUCCAAAACGUCAUAUUCAGCGUGAAUCACCUCAACUGAUGAAUGAAAUUAUCGAACCGAUUGUGAAUUCAUAUAAUGAGUAUACAUUAGCUCGUAUUUAUAUUGAUGAUAGUUAUGGACACACAGAUAUUGAUCUAAUAUUAAGCUAUUGUAAACAGGAUGCUUAUCAUCUAAUUAGAUUAACUGAACUAUUUUUACCUAAUUUUGAAACGUUUUACAAUUAUACUAAUGAUAAUAAGUCACGAUUUCGAACACUGUCGGGGAAAGAGGAAUGGUCGGAAAUGAAUAUCAUUAUAUUGAAACAAAAAUCGUCCACAAUACUACCAUUUGAUCGAACUCCAAUCUUGUUUCCAUAUCCGUCAAUUAUACAUGGUUCCUGUUUUGUUAUUGGUUAUCCGGCAUUUUAUAAUCUAGAACAAUUUUCAUCUUUAUAUGUAUUUAGUGCAGAACAAUCAAAGACAAUGAAUGACAAUGAAAAACAAGAUUAUUUACGGCUUAUUUAUGAACAAACACGAGUCACUAUGGGUAAUUUUGUUCAACGUAUUGUAUCGAUUGGAGUUAUAACAUCAUUAACUACACAGGAUGAUCAAAUUGAUACGCAUACGGCACCAACAUUGCCGGGGUUUAGCGGUGGUCCAAUUGUGAAAUAUCAUACUUUCGAUCCUUCACUAAAACAAAAGAACGUCGAAUUUUUUUCUGGUGUUCAUCUCGGUGCUUCACCAACAAAACAAUGCAAUUAUUGGUUGAAUACUACAAAACAAGGAUUUGCACUGCUUUAUGCGAAGUCUAUUUUGUGUGAAGAAGAAUUACGUCCAUUUGUAAUUAAAUAUAAACAUUAUUUAAUGCCAUUUUUGAACUAUCAUGAAAGCAAUCUAUUGAAUAGUGAAUUGAAAAACGAAAUAGCUUAUCUUUAUAAACAAAACAAUUCUCACGUGUGCUCAACAACUGUACCGAUAAAAUUUACAAAAAUUUUUAUUAAUAACGAAUGGCACAAUGCCGAGUUACACACGACAUUUGCGGUGUGUGAUUCAAGAACUGGCGAGGAAAUUUGCCAAGUUGAAGAAUCAACAAAAGUUGAUGUCGACAAAGCGGUUAAAGCUGCUCGUAAUGCAUUUCGUAACGAUUCUGAGUGGAGGAAAAUGAAGGCAGUCGUACGUGCUGAUCUAAUGAGAAAAUUUGCCGAAUAUCUACGACGUGAUAUUGAUUAUUUAUCGAAAUUAGAAACACUGAAUAAUGGUAAACCAUUGAAAGAGAAUAAAAUGGACAUUACAAUUUCGGCCGAUUGCAUUGAUUAUUAUGCCGGUUUGGUAGGUAAAAUAAUGAAUGAAACAUCAGAAACGCGAACAGGUUCAUUUGUGCACUAUUAUCAUGCACCGAUAGGUGUUAUUGGGCAAAUUAUAUCGUGGAAUUAUCCUAUAAUGAUGUUGGCGUGGAAGCUGGGUCCAGCUUUAGCUUGUGGAAACACAAUCAUUUUAAAACCAGCCGAAGAGACACCAUUAACUGCUUUGUAUUGUGCAAGUUUACUGAAAGAAGCUGGCUUUCCUCCUGGUGUUGUGAACAUUUUGCCAGGUAAUGGCUCUGAAUGUGGUCAAUUCAUUGUCACUCAUGAAGGAAUCGAUAAAGUUUUUUUUACUGGCUCAGUCGAGGUUGGUGGAAAAGUUCAAGAAUUAGCUGCAAAAUCAAAUGUGAAACGUUUUUCAUUAGAAUUACGUGAAAAAUGUCCGUUGAUUAUUUGUGAAGGUGCUGAUCUCGACUCUGCUGUAGAAUUAACCCAUCGUACAAUAUUUGCAGAUUCUGCUCAAAGUUGUUUUGCUGGAUCAAGAAUAUUUGUUCAUGAAAAAAUCUAUGCUCAAUUCGUUAUUAAGUGUGUUGAACUAACUGAUCGACGAGUGGUAGGUGAUCCGUUCGAUUCAAAAGCUGAACAAGGGCCUCAAAUAAACGAUGAAAAAUUCCAGAAAACUAUAAAAUAUAUCGAAUCUGGUAAAAAACAAGGAGCGAAACUGGAGUGCGGUGGAGAACGUUUUGGAACAAACGGUUUUUUUAUUCGACCGACAGUAUUUAGUAAUGUCACUGAUGACAUGGACAUAACAAGUGAUGAGGCGAUAGGACCGAUAAUGAGUCUAUUGAAAUAUCAUGAUUACGAUGAGGUAAUUACACGAGUAAACAAUACAAAAUGCGGUUUGGCUGUUGGCGUGAUAACAAAAGAAAAUACGCAAGCAAAUUUUCUUCUUUCACGUUUACAAGCACGCACUGUUUGGAUUAAUGAAUAUGAUGAUGCUAUUAAUCUGUUACCAUUCGGAAGAUACAAUCACGCUGGUGGCAAGAAAAAUUUUAAUGACUAUGGCUUCGAUGAAUACUACGAAAGAAUCCCUCCUUCGUUAGGCCAACUAAGGAAACUACGACAUUUAGAUCUUGAAGAAAACAAGCUUGAUUCAUUACCUCAGGAAAUAGGCUAUUUACGUGAAUUAACCCGAUUGAUCGUUGCAUCAAAUCAAUUGAUUCAAUUACCGCGUUCCAUUGGACUAACUAAUGAUCUAUUAGCAUCAUCAGCAGAUAGCACAGAACCUAUAGAUGAUGGACCAUCUAAAGAUUUAGAAAAAUUAAAUGACUUAUUGCAACAUGUAACAAUUGAUGGUCAAACAAUGAACGCAGUUGAUUUCAUUGGUAUUGAUAAUGAUACACCUGCAUAUAAUGAAUGGUUUGAUAAUUGCGAACAUCUUGUAGCAUGUGAUAUUAAAAUACAAGAUGAUGAUGACGAUGAUGAUCGAAUACCAACAGAAUCACCACCAAAAAUAAUGGAAGCAAUGGAAAUGCUAAGCAAACUUCAUUUACUAGCAACAACACAAGAAUCACAAUUACAUCAAUUAAUUAGCCAAUCUCUAUCAAAUUUAUCUCAUCUAAAUGUUGGUGAAAAUAAUUUGACUACAAUACCUGAGGACAUAGGACAAUUAGAAAAGCUAGAGCAACUCUAUAUUAAUGAUAAUCCAAAUUUGGAUGUACUUCCUUAUGAAUUAGCAUUAUGUACUAAUUUACAAAUAAUGAGCAUCGAAAAUUGUCCACUCAGAAGUUUACCACAAGAAAUAGUAGCGGGCGGGCCUUCUCUCGUGAUACAAUUUCUCAAAGUACAAGGACCUUUUAAUUUAAAUUGA